AUGAACGUCUCAGGAACCCUUCGGCCAGGUGCUGAUGCCCAGACUGCAACCUACAAGGGGCCUCUCUAUGGGAAUGGAGUCAGGAAGGACGGCCUGGACCUCACUGAAAAGUGGCUGAGUGACAAACAGGAUGCUUGGUUGGUCUGGAAUAAAGCAGGUCUGGCAGCUGUGAAUGAAAACGCUACUGACUAUCUCAUGGGCCUCUUUGAGCCCCAGGACACGGCGAAUGAGCUCAGCUGGAACCGAGAGACAAACCCCUCCAUAGUGGAGAUGGUGGACAAGGCCAUCCGGACCCUCCGCAGGAAUCCCAGGGGCUUCUUCCUCUUUGUGGAAGGAGGCAGGACUGACCACAGACAUCACAACAGCAAAGUGAAGCAAGCUGUGGUGGAGGCAGUGAUGAUGGGCCUUGCAGUUGAGCAGGCCAGCAGACUGACCAGUGCCUCUGACACUCUGUCUGUAGUUACUGCUGACCAUUCACACAUCUUCACCUUUGGGGGCAAUACCCCUCAAGGCAGCAGCUUGAUAGGACUGGCACCCAAAAAGGCAACAGACAAAGCUUCCUACACCAGCAUCCUCUAUGGGAAGGGGCCGAGCUGCAGCCUUGAGGAUUGGCAUCAUCUGGAUGCGAGUUCAGAAGCCUUUGAGGACAAAGAUUACAGGCAACAGACAGUCCUGCCCCUGAGUUCAGAGACUCACAGCGGUGAAGAGGUAGCCAUCCUGGCCCAGGGUCCCAUGGCUCAUCUCUUUCAUGGCCGCCAGGAGCAGAGUUACAUUGCUCAUGUGAUGGCGUUUGCCAGAUGCAUCCAGCUGUAUCAUGAGGGUUGGGUCAUCUGUUGGGUUACUGUUCCAGCAGCCCCGCUUUCUCUGGGACUCCCUCGCUCACUCUCCUAG